UGUCAUGUCGACAGGAGCGUAAAACACUCCAGGCAGUAAACACGGGGCAGAAUAUUUGAGCAUUGCUCCGUGUGUACUUGCAGCGCCCAGAUCCAGUGCUGUGGUUUCACUGUGGGUGUGGGCUCGGGCUUGUUACCGGAUGUAUUAAGCGAAGGUCAUACACGGCUUUCGAUGGCGCUGUUGGUGCAUCUGUGCAGACGGACUGCUGCUCUGUCCCGAGGGCUCAGCUGGGGAGUUUGGUGCGAGGCGGCCGGGCCGGUCUCGUUGUCUAGUCGUGUCACCGGCCGGCGCUGGAAUGGCCCGGCCGUGCGGGCAGCGAGGGCGCGGUGCACGGCGGCAGCGGCGCAAACUCACCGUCUCUGGAACCAGUCUAGUGAAUCAAGCUGUACUCCCUCUAUGUUACGGAGUCGUCUUUGCCCAAUAUGGAAGCAUACCAAAUACCCCAUGUGCAGUCUCCACUCUUUCAGUACAAUGCCUCCACCACCAACUGGGGAGAAAAUGAAUCCUAAGACUAAGAAGGGUGGGCCUGUCACAUGGAAAUCUUUAGCAGUCACAUUUGCUGUAGGAGGAGCACUGCUGGUCAUCAUGAAGUACAUUAAGAAAGAAAAAGAAGAAAAGAUUGAGAAGGAACGGACCCGUAGUAUUGGAAAGGCAGCACUUGGAGGACCCUUUUCACUUAUUGAUCACAGAGGGCAACCCAAGACAGACAAAGACUAUCUUGGACAGUGGGUCUUGAUAUACUUUGGAUUUACACACUGUCCAGACAUUUGUCCUGAAGAACUAGAGAAAAUGAUUGCCGUCGUGGAUGAAAUAGACAAAAUCCCCUCUCUACCAAAUCUGACACCUCUUUUGAUCACAAUUGAUCCAGACCGAGAUAAUGUCGAGGCCAUGGCAAGAUACGUCCAAGAGUUUUCUCCAAAGUUAAUCGGUCUGACAGGCUCCCGAGAGCAAAUAGAUCAGGUGUCGAAGGCUUACAGAGUCUAUUAUAGUCAAGGACCCAAAGAUGACGACAAUGAUUACAUUGUUGACCAUACAAUAAUCAUGUAUCUUAUUAGCCCCAGUGGAGAAUUUAUGGACUACUAUGGUCAGAACAAGAAGAGUGCUGAGAUUUCUGCCUCUAUAGCUUCACAUAUGAGAAAAUUUAAAGUCUAGUAGUGCCAAUAUCUAACUGCACUAAAUGCCUGCUAAAACCAGGCUGAGCAUUUUGGGUAAAUGUGUACAGUAUUUCAAAUAAAGAAGAUAAUGGUGCAAAGUU